UAACGACGUCAGGGAUCCGUCAUACCUGUUCUUCCACAGAAUUGCUCCAAAACCCAGCAUCUCUGAGAAAUCUGACGGGCGAAAAAGUGAAUUUGCAGAAGCAACUUUCAACGUUCAUCAGGUGUGGUGAGCGUUGGAGAAGUUGAAAACUCAUCUUCCCGCACUGCCCGGCUCUGUAGCGGCUACGGGGCCACGAAUGUCACCGCACAGGAGAUGGUCCUAGUUGAGAGAGAUCUUUUUACUUGAAGGUAGGCGUGUGAGAAAACUUCUGGAGUAAGAUAUCUGCCAAAACAAGUGCGAGGGAUCCAACGAGGAAGAGGAAGAACUUAGUAGAGUUUGCAGCCCUAAUCUCAAUUUUGUUGCUUCCAGAGCAGUGUUGCGUUGCGGAGGUGUGAUUUGGAAAGGGUGUAGGAAGUGGCUGAAGAUCUCUUGAAGGAGAGAUUUAGGUUUGUUGGGUUUUUUGUGGGAUUGCAAGUUUUAAUAAUUAUGGCAGAGGAUGAUCUGCCCAUGCCGGAGGCCACCGUGCAGAAUGUAUUGGAGCAAACAGAUUUGAAAUGGAUCUUUGUUGGUGGAAAGGGGGGCGUUGGUAAAACCACUUGUAGCUGCAUGCUGGCCCUCCUGUUGUCUCAAGUGCGAGAAUCUGUGUUGCUCAUUUCGACCGAUCCUGCGCACAAUCUUAGCGAUGCGUUCUGCCAGAAGUUUACGAAAUCGCCGUCCAUGGUGAACGGAUUUAGCAAUCUCUUCGCCAUGGAAGUUGAUCCGACCGUAGAGAGCGAGGAUCUGGAGGAACAGGCGAAUGGGUUGGGCAUGGGAGGAUUUGUGUCAGAGCUUGCAAAUGCUAUUCCGGGGAUUGAUGAGGCCAUGAGCUUCGCCGAGAUGCUGAAGCUGGUUCAGACCAUGGAUUAUAGUGUGAUUGUAUUCGAUACUGCGCCCACGGGUCACACACUGCGGUUGUUGCAGUUCCCCUCUACCCUGGAGAAAGGCCUGGAGAAGGUGAUGAGCUUAAAGAGCAAGUUUGGAGGUCUAAUUGGGCAGGUGUCGCGCAUGUUCGGAGCUGAGAAUGAAUUCGGAGAGGAUGCCUUGUUGGGGAAAGUGGAGAAUAUCAAGGCCGUGAUCGAGCAGGUUAACUAUCAGUUCCGAAACCCGGAUAUGACAACAUUUAUUUGCGUUUGCAUACCUGAGUUUCUGUCAUUGUACGAAACAGAGAGGUUGGUUCAGGAACUUGCUAGAUUCGAAAUUGAUACACACAACAUUAUCAUCAACCAAGUUCUCUUUCAACCCGAUGUUUCUGAUUCCAAACUACUACAAGCUCGUGUACGAAUGCAACAGAAGUAUCUCGACCAGUUUCAUGAAUUGUAUGAAGAUUUCAAUAUUACCAAGCUGCCCCUUCUCCCAGAGGAAGUACGUGGUGUGGAAUCCUUGAAAUCUUUUGCGAAGAAUUUGACGAAACCUUACGUUCCUGAACCGGCAAGAGAGAGUACCGGUGCGGAGAGAAUUAGGGAGUUGGAAACUGAGGUAUUAUCUCUACGAGCUGAAGUUAGUAAUUUACAGUUAGAAUUGGAGAAACUUAGAGGGGGUCAUUAAGCUCCAGAGAGUUGUCUCUUCUCAUUUAAAUCGUUGCAGUUGAGCUUUCGAUUAUUCUAGGGCGACUGGGUUUGAUACUCUUCUCUUGUUUGUAGAUCUCUGCGAUUCUCCCUUGCAUUUAGUGCCGCACUGUAUUUCAGAGACGUUGCUGCAUUGCCUUAUAAGUAGAAGAAUCACAGAGAUUUAAUCUCUUGUUUAUUCUUUCCUCGUGAUCAAUGAACUUAAUGAAUAUAGUCGUAGCCUGUGCGCUGCACCAGAUUGUGUUC